UUUGACUUUUUUUUGUGAUGCGUUAGUCAAUUAAUUGAUUAUUUCUUUACCAUCAAAUAACCUUUUCAUACUCCAAUUAUUUAAAUUUGAUUUACCGCUUAGAGUUUUCCUUUCAAUCUCUUUAGCCAAUCAAAAAUUGCUGUUUUAAUCAACUUAUGGAUUAGAUAAUGGUAAAGGACCCAAUGGAGUCCUCAAGUUUGCUUUCAAAUAAAACGGGUUUCCUUAAGGAUUCACCCAACAACAUCACCAUCAAUAGUAACAACAAUAAUAAUAGUAAUAAUAAUAACAACAACAAUAACAAUAAUUCCAAUUACAAUAAGAUACCCAUUAUGAAGGAUGGAAUGGCAACCUGUUUGCGAUGUGGUAAUGUUGGUGUUAAAGAUACCUUCUAUGGUAAAGGCAAACAAUACUGUUCUGCUAACUGUGUCCGAGGUCUUAUUCCGGGCGCAUCAACCUCUCGAUUUGUACCCCUGUUCAAAAUACCUCCGGUAACAUUAGCUAAUGUGGCUUCCUCAUCAGCUGUAAACCAACCUCCUUCACGCAAAAUAAACCUAGUUACGACAACCAUUGGGCCGACAACAUUAACCAAUCCCUUAACUCAAGCAAAUUCACCUAAAAUAAACCAAACAAGUGUAAUACAAUCAACAUCUUCAUCAGCCUCAACAGCUACACCAAAACCUUUGACACCAACAACAUCUACAUCUUCAAAUUCAGCAAAUACAUCAACUGCUCCUGCAACCUCGACAUCGACAUCGACAUCAUCAUCAACCUCAUCGUCAUCAUCAACCUCAUCAUCAACCACCCUAUUACCAUCAUCUUCCUCAAUCCCUCCAUCACCAAGUGGCUCAUCUAGCAAUAAUGUCAAUAUACAAUCUGGUGAUACAUCAAAUCCCAAAGCAACUGAACCUGCUUCAGCAACUCAGACUGAACAGGCUAAUACCAGCGGUCAUUGUUCAUCUCCACUAACACCACAACCAGGACAGAUUCAUGGAAAGUCUAAUGGAAACUCUCCUAUACAACAAAAACGGAAAAAGCAGCCUCUACUAACAGAGCAACCUAAAGUUCAAAAUGAGUCAGCAUCAACAAGUAAUAGUGUAAUAAAUAGUACUGAAAAAAAGCCGGGACAAACAAAUCAAGGCGAGUCUAGUAAAAGUAGCUCCAGCAGUAAUAGUUCUAAUCAAAAGUCAAGUAAUGUCAAUUCUCCUCAUAAAAAUACACCUAAAUAUCUUUCAAACUCUUUCAAUUGGAUUACCAUGUUGGAAAAGAACCAUGAUUUACUUACUGCUCCAGUUUCAUCUUUCAAACACUGUCCUGUGUCAGAGGUUUGGAAUAGCUUUGUCACAAUUGGUCUCAAGGUAGAAGUCAAGAAUCGCGAUGUUCCACUGCCAAAAGCCCCAAAAGCGAAACAAGACUACUACUGGAUUGCCUCCAUUGUCAAAGUAGCUGGAUAUUUUAUAUUACUCCGUUAUGAAGGAUUUGACACUGAUGGAUCUAAAGAUUUUUGGAUCAAUUUAUUUUCUAAUCAGAUUCAUCCUAUUGGUUGGUGUGCUGCUCAAGGUAAAAUUUUAAUACCACCGAAAAUGAUAGCCGAUAAAUGUAGUGACUGGAAGGCAGUUCUGGUUAAAAGAUUAACUGGUGCACGUACAUUACCUGACAACUUUUUCAAUCAAGUAAAAGAAAGUUUGAAAAGUCGCUUUAAAGUGGGAAUGAUUUUAGAAUGUGUUGAUAAAACACGAUUAAGUGCCGUCAGAGUGGCAACCAUUGACAAAAUAAUUGGUGGUCGUCUUCAUCUUAAAUACGAAGGAGAAGAAGAAGAUGAAGCUGGUUUCUGGUGUCACGAAAAUUCUCCCUUAAUCCAUCCAGUUGGCUGGGCUCAAGUUAUUGGGCAUGAAUUAAAAGCAACUCAAGACUAUGCACGCUCAUCAUUAGACAAAACAAUUCAUAAAAAAUUUGACGAAAAUGAUGCUUAUUGGUCUUUAUUUCCUGUUCAACGGCCUCAUCCGUCUAUUAACAUGUCUGAUUACCAAUUUUCUGAAGGCAUGAAACUUGAAGCAAUAGAUCCUCUCAAUUUAUCAAAUAUUUGUGUUGCAACUGUCACCAAAGUUCUUCGUAGUCACUAUCUGAUGAUAGGAAUAGACGGAAUGAUGGCCAAUGAUGGGUCAGAUUGGUUUUGUUAUCAUGUGCUCAGUCCUAAUAUAUUCCCUGCUGGAUUCUGUAUGCUUAAUAACAUUCCUCUGACUCCACCAAGUGGUUAUAACAAAGAAUUUAAUUGGUUUGAAUAUCUGCAAGAGACACAAUCUCGUGCUGCUCCGGUACAUCUGUUCAAAAAAGAUAUACCUGUUCACGGGUUUAAAGAAGGAAUGUUUAUUGAAGCUGUAGAUCUUAUGGUGCCUCGAUUAAUUUGUGUAGCAACCAUAAUUAAAGUAGUUGGCAGAUUGCUUAAAAUACAUUUCAAUGGCUGGGAUGAAACUUACGAUCAAUGGUGUGACUGUGAAUCACCUGAAUUAUAUCCUAUUGGCUGGUGUCAAAUGGUUGGAUAUCCAUUAGAACCACCUCGAGAAGGGGAUUCUAGUGAAAUAGCUACCUAUUCGGCAGCAAUCGAUGGUAGAUCAAGAAAGCGACAUUACUUCAGAGGUCGCCAUAAAAGGCGUAGACGAGGAGCCGCUUCAACUUCAAAUGAAAACAGUCAUAUAACUUAUUCAAACCCAGAACAAGCUUCUACCUCAGAACUUAUCGAUUCAUUUUCAUCCUCAUUUUCAUCUAUCAGCUAUGAUUGGUCUUCAUCCCAACAAGCUGGACCUUCAUCUCCCCCUACAUCUAUGCCUUAUGCCUGUGAAUCCAACAGCUCAGUGGUUGUUAAACCAUCCCCUAUUCAACCAAUAACUCCAACUCCAGGUCCAAGUUCAACUGCAACUAAAUCUUCUGAAAGAUCGGAAGAUCCACGAAAUUGGUCUGUUGAUGAUGUUUAUGAUUACUUGCAAGCCAAGGAUUGUGGAAAUUAUGCUCAUUGUUUUGUUAGAGAGAAAAUUGAUGGGUCUCGAUUUUUGAAACUUACUAAUGAUGAAGUACUCGAGUUGACAUGUAAGAAAUUAGGACCUUCGCUCAAAAUUAAUGCCUUGAUCCAGUCUCUGAGAGGAAACAAACCUCAAUGAAAUACAAGCACAUUAGGAAACAAAUUAAUUACAUAUAUAUUAAAUACGUAUAUAUAUAAAAUAAUAAUAGCAUUUUUUAAACAACUAUAUCUACAACAAUUGACACUCAAAGUUCUGAGAUAGAUCAUACUUUUUUAUACGUUAUCACCUUUUUCGCCUGGAAUAACUUAUGUAAAAGGCUUGCAAUAUGUGUGUUGAAUAAAUUUAAGUUUGGUUUAAAUUGAAAAUGUGCAGUGAAUCAUCCUCAUCAAUUGUAAUAAAAGAACGAAUUACAAAAAAAAGAAUGAUUAUGCUUCCUGGUUUCACCAUAAUUGUCAUUAUCUGGAAAAGAAAUAACUUUCACAUGUAAAUCCCUUUCUUUAACAUCAUCUUUCCUGUGAUUUAUUUUAUACUGUUAUAAUCAUUUUUUAUCAUAUAAACCUUUAAUGACAUAAACCUCCAAUA